CGCCAUUUUGGUUUCAGAAAGAAGGCUUCCGCGACUUCCCAUGAUCCCAUCCUCGACCCACAAUGGAGUCAGUUUCGUACCGAAACAGCCCGGAGCUCGGCAGGUGACCAGACAAGCUCCUCCCCAGCUUCUUCAGAGACGAACCUGUGUUCAAAAGCAUAAAAGGACAUAACCGGACAGGAUGGACACUUCAAAACUUCCUAAAGUCCAGGAUGAGGAGCGAGAAAGCCAGUUUGGAUUUGUGCAUGGAGUUUCAGGACCAGUGGUGACAGCAACUGCCAUGGCUGGAGCUGCCAUGUACGAGCUGGUUCGGGUGGGACACAGUGAGUUGGUGGGGGAAAUCAUCCGUUUAGAAGGUGACAUGGCAACCAUCCAGGUCUACGAGGAGACUUCUGGUGUGUCUGUCGGAGACCCUGUUCUCCGAACAGGGAAACCCCUCUCGGUGGAGCUGGGUCCAGGGAUCAUGGGAUCCAUCUUUGAUGGGAUCCAGCGCCCACUCAAAGACAUCAAUGACCUCACUCAAAGCAUCUACAUUCCAAGAGGAGUUAACAUCGGAGCUCUGAACAGAGACCUCAAAUGGGAGUUUUCUCCUGGUCAGAACCUGCGGGUUGGGAGUCAUAUCACAGGUGGAGAUAUAUACGGGUCUGUAUUUGAGAACUCCUUGAUCAAGCACAAGCUGAUGCUGCCUCCCCGCAACCGAGGCACAGUCACGUACUUGGCUCCACCUGGGAACUACGAUCUUUCUGAUGUAGUUUUGGAGCUUGAAUUUGAGGGCAUAAAGGAGAAGUUCACCAUGGUGCAAGUGUGGCCAGUACGACAAGUGCGCCCAGUAACGGAAAAGCUGCCUUCCAAUCAUCCUCUGUUGACUGGGCAGAGGGUCCUGGAUGCGCUCUUCCCAUGUGUUCAAGGGGGCACCACUGCGAUACCUGGAGCCUUCGGGUGUGGAAAAACUGUGAUCUCACAGUCACUGUCGAAGUAUUCCAACAGUGAUGUCAUUAUCUAUGUUGGUUGUGGAGAACGUGGCAACGAGAUGUCUGAAGUUCUGCGGGAUUUCCCUGAGCUUACAAUGGAAGUUGAUGGCAAAGUGGAGAGCAUUAUGAAGAGAACGGCCCUGGUUGCAAACACAUCCAACAUGCCUGUGGCUGCAAGAGAGGCUUCCAUUUAUACAGGGAUCACACUGUCUGAAUACUUCCGAGACAUGGGCUACAACGUGAGCAUGAUGGCCGACUCGACCUCUCGAUGGGCUGAAGCUCUGAGAGAAAUCUCUGGAAGACUGGCUGAAAUGCCAGCUGAUAGCGGGUAUCCUGCUUACUUGGGCGCCAGACUGGCCUCCUUUUAUGAGCGCGCCGGGCGCGUGAAGUGCCUGGGAAAUCCUGAGCGGGAGGGCAGUGUCAGCAUUGUUGGAGCUGUGUCGCCUCCUGGUGGAGACUUCUCAGAUCCUGUGACUUCAGCCACGUUGGGAAUUGUCCAGGUUUUCUGGGGAUUGGACAAGAAGUUGGCUCAGAGGAAGCACUUCCCCUCUGUGAACUGGCUCAUCAGCUACAGCAAAUACACUCGCGCUCUGGAUGAAUACUACGACAAGCAUUUCCCUGAGUUUGUCCCACUCCGAACCAAAGCCAAGGAGAUUCUUCAGGAGGAGGAAGACCUGGCUGAAAUUGUGCAGCUUGUAGGCAAGGCUUCUCUUGCUGAAACGGAUAAAAUUACUCUAGAGGUUGCUAAACUCAUUAAGGAUGACUUCCUGCAGCAGAAUGGUUACACUCCGUAUGACAGGUUCUGCCCCUUCUACAAAACCGUCGGCAUCCUCUCGAACAUGAUCGCAUUCUACGACAUGGCCAGCCACGCCGUGGAGUCCACAGCGCAGAGUGACAACAAAAUCACCUGGGCUAUGAUCAGGGAACACAUGGGAGAAAUCCUGUACAAAAUCAGCUCCAUGAAGUUCAAGGACCCUGUCAAAGACGGUGAAGCGAAGAUCAAAGCUGACUUUGCUCAGCUGCUGGAGGAUAUGCAGAACUCCUUCCGGAGCUUGGAGGAAUGAUCCAGAAGGCUCUCUGUAGAACCUUGGUGCUGUGUUUAAGUGCACAUUCUAGAUCCUGCGUUCUGAAUUUCAGUCGUUCUCAUCAGAGCUCCUUCAUGACCCUCGAGCAUUCUUUAACCCUCAAAGAUUAGCAAUGGUUGGUUUGUUCAUUUUUGACAUUUCCUCUUGAAGAACAACACAGCAGCUUGUUUUAUUCAAAAGCAUCAGCAGCAGUGCUGUGAUCAAACUCAGGGGUUCCUAUCAAGUGCUGCGCUCAAACGUAACCAUGAAAAGCUGCAAAUAGUAAUGAGACGUGAUUGAUCCGUGCAGGUUAUUAAAAAGGGACAUUAUUGUGGAGAUGAAGGCAUUCCUCAAACUCUUACCUCUUUGGUGCAAAGGUGGAAUAUACUUGAUUUAAGAUAUAAAAUGUAAAAUAAUCUUUUAGUUUGUGUUUUAAAAAAAGUCUUAUUAUAUUCCCCUUUUUCUGUAAAUAGUGCACUAUCGAACUGAAUAAAAUGUGUCAGAUUCUGAGUUUUAUUUCACUGGAUUUAUGGUUCUAGAAGUUAAAUCUUAAUUCAUGAUUGCUUUAUAAAGUAAUAUUAAUUGAUUUAGUAAUUACUUAAAAUAAUUUCAUGUUUAAAAUUUUUGAUUCCUGAAGUAAAAAUAUUGGUUGUUCUUAAGGACCAGGCAGAUAUCUAAAGCUAUCGUACACUAGAUGGUGUCAAGGUUGCGUCUGCUUUCAACCCCAGUCUUAUAUCAAAAGCAGUGAUUUUUACUUUAAUCUUUUAAAGCUAUAAACUGUACUUAAUUUGAUUAACUGGGGACAACUGUCUCAGGGAAAUUCUUUUUUUUUCUUUCAAAAUCAAGUUCCUCAGAUUAAUCAUCACUCUGGUAAUUAAUUGUAAAUAUUUCAGCGACCAAAUUUGUUUAUUCAAAAUACAUAGAUUAGACAACAACUGAACAAUUUCAGUGACUGUACGCCCGAAACACUCAUUACGGCUUUGAAGAGCUGUAUUUUUCAGAAGUUUCAUAAUUACACAAAUUCAACAAAAAGCAGGAGCAGAAGGAGUUUUGGUUGCCUUUAUGUAAGAGUGUUUGUUUAAGAAUCCUGACUAAAUGUACUUGAUGAAACAUGUCUUAUCAGUUCCUCAAGACCUUAUUGUCCCAUAAAACGUAUUGCAGCCAGA